GCAGACUUGAGAUGUGUAUCUAAACAUCUUAUUAACACUUCACUCAUUAAUACAUGACACAUGAGCCUGAAACCUUAUGGCCAGUGAGUUCCUGACCCCUCAUUAAAUUCAGCACAUUCAUAGAUUCAUUUCCUCUGAAUCGGUUCAUAAUUCGACUCUUUGAAUCUUCGACACGUUGAGACGUUAUCAUCCCUCACUAUUACACCCUCGGUGGUGUUGAUGCAUUUUCUCCCUCUGCAGCUCUGACAAUUGCGCAUGCGCAAUGCACGAGAUCGUAUAAGCGCGCACUCGUUAUCGUUUCUAUAGCAAAGAAAAAAACUUUGAUACGAAGUAGAAAUGUCUCUCUCUAUAUCUGCACGCGCGCGCGCACACACAUACACACGCGUGCGCGCGCGUGCAGAGAUAGAGAGAGACAUUUGUGUGUAAGGAGUCUCCAGUGUCAGUGCCGUGUAUCAGAGAUAGCGCGUCACUGGUCAGCUCUCAGGUCCCAGGCUCUCAGUGAGCAGAAGGUGCAGUGUGUGUGUGUUUCCGGUCUCGUGCUCAUGAUGGCGCUGUUUCCCCAGUGGACUUUCUCCAGGUCGCGUCUCCACACAGCAGCAGGAAGCUUCACUUCUCUCGUCAUGUCUGUUCUCUGCGCUGGGUCCGACACGCUCAGCUGAACAUUAUACACACACACACACAGAGAGAGAGAGAGAGAGAGAGAGAGGGAGGCUCGGAGCUGUGCCGGGUGUGAACUAGGUGUAGUAUAGGUGUGUGUGUGCAGGAUGGAGUGUGUGUGGGCGGUGGUGAUUCCUGCGCUGCAGUUCUUCUUCCUAGCACUGCUGCUGCUCCUCAUGCUGCCCGCCAUGUUCGGCCUCUCACUGGGCAUCACAGAGACCUACAUGAAGAUCCUCAUCAAAACACUGGAGUGGGCAACAUUGAAGAUUCAGAAGAGCAAGCGAGAGGAGGAGAUGCUGAAACACUCUACAUCUUAUGGUCUGAUCCGGCGAGACAACUCGUCAUUGGAGAAGGAGAUAGGGGAGCUGCGUCGCAAUAGGCCGAGGUCAGGUGUGGGCGGGGCCUUUGCGUUCAGUGACGCGUUCUACUUCAGUAAGAAGGGGUUCGAGAGCAUUGUGGAGGACGAGGUGACUCAGAGGUUCAGCUCCGAGGAACUCGAGUCCUGGAACCUGCUCACGAGAACCAACAACAACUUCCACUACAUCUCACUGCGCCUCACCGUGCUGUGGGGGGUCGGGGUCAUCGUCCGCUACGGGGUCCUGCUGCCUCUCAGGAUCAUGUUAGCGUGUAUCGGCCUCAGCUGGCUGGUCAUCGGCACCACCGCUGUGGGAUUUCUCCCCAACUGCAGGAUAAAGGACUGGCUCAGUGAACUCGUACACGUCAUGUGUUACCGCAUCUGUGCUCGAGGACUUUCAGCCACCAUCCACUACCACAACAGAGAGAACAAACCGAGGAAAGGAGGGAUCUGUGUAGCCAAUCACACGUCUCCCAUCGACGUGGUAAUCCUGGCCAACGAUGGAGGAUACGCCAUGGUGGGGCAGGUCCAUGGUGGUUUGAUGGGUGUGGUUCAGCGAGCGAUGGUUCGAGCGUGUCCACACAUCUGGUUUGAGAGAGCGGAGAUGAAAGAUCGCCACCUAGUGACACAGAGAUUGAGGGAUCAUGUGAACGACAAGAACAAACUCCCCAUCCUAAUUUUCCCUGAGGGAACCUGCAUCAAUAACACGUCCGUCAUGAUGUUCAAGAAGGGGAGUUUCGAAAUCGGAGGCACCAUCUAUCCUGUAGCCAUAAAGUAUGACCCUCGGUUCGGUGAUGCCUUCUGGAACAGUGGGAAGUACAGCAUGGUGAGUUACCUGCUGAGGAUGAUGACGAGCUGGGCCAUCGUCUGUAACGUCUGGUACCUACCACCCGUGACCCAGCAGGAAGGGGAGGACGCCGUGCAGUUUGCUAACAGAGUGAAGGCUCUGAUUGCGAGACAGGGAGGACUUGUGGACUUGUCCUGGGAUGGUGGUCUAAAGCGAGCCAAAGUGAAAGAGACGUUUAAGCAGGAGCAGCAGAGGAUGUACAGCAGCAUGGUGGUCGGAGACGACAGCAGCGAGUGAACACGAAAAUCAGCCAAUCACAGAGCUCCAAAUCACCAAACCCUCCAAUCAGACACUCGGAGCUGACCGAUCAGAUCAUUAACCACAUUGAGAGGUUCCUUGUUGUACAGAUGCGUGAAGCUAGAUGUCCAUGAUCAGGGUUUAAUCUCAGGUGACCUUCCUCCAGAAGGUUUUCUCUCUGAAACUCUACAGAGCUUUAUAUCAGAUAGAAGUUUCUCUUGACAUGUUAAUCUCACCGAGUGUCCUUCUUUUAUUUUCACUACUGAAUCAUUCUGCUGAAUUAUCAGUACCGUAUUCUGCUGAAUUAUCAGUACCGUAUUCUGCUGAAUUAUCAGUACCGUAUUCUGCUGAAUUAUCAGUACCGUAUUCUGCUGAAUUAUCAGUACCGUAUUCUGCUGAAUUAUCAGUACCGUAUUCUGCUGAAUUAUCAGUACCGUAUUCUGCUGAAUUAUCAGUACCGUAUUCUGCUGAAUUAUCAGUACCGUAUUCUGCUGAAUUAUCAGUACCGUAUUCUGCUGAAUUAUCAGUACCGUAUUCUGCUGAAUUAUCAGUACCGUAUUCUGCUGAAUUAUCAGUACUGUAUUCUGCUGAAUUAUCAGUACCGUAUUCUGCUGAAUUAUCAGUACCGUAUUCUGCUGAAUUAUCAGUACCGUAUUCUGCUGAAUUAUCAGUACCGUAUGCUGUUGUUUUAUUUACUGAAUAAAUGUAAUAGAAUUCA